AUGCUGAAGAAACUCACUGAAAUGAAGAAAGAAAGAGAAGAUGAGAUUGCAGAGUUUGUUACACACAUCAGCACAUUGAAACAUAUUGAAGUCAAGGACACCGACUGUGCAACGAUUGAGCUGGACAUGGACCUCAAGGAUCCUAGCAGCAAAAUUUUUCUUUACAAGGACGGCGUCAUGGUUCCAUUCACCAUAGAAGAUAGUGAGGAACAGAAGCAUAAUUUGAAACAAAUUGGCAAGAAGUAUGUGUUCACAAUUAAAAACCUAGGUUCAGGUGAUGCUGGACUCUACUCGGUGGAUGUUGGGGGCGUCAAUGUAUUCUCCACAGAUUUCAAAGUGCCAGAAGUUGACUUUGCUGUCAAAAUAAAGGAGGUGAAGGCAGAAGAACGAGAGGAUGCCCUCUUUCAAUGUGUUCUGACUGCACCUUUGAAUGAACUCAAAUGGUAUGGCAAAAGUGCUCCACUGACACAUGGCGAGAAAUUUGAAAUAAGUGUAUCUGAAGAUAAGCUCAUCCACAAGCUGAUUGUGCGGGACUGUUUGCCUUUGGAUGGUGGUAUCUAUGCUGCUGUGGCAGGAAUCAAAUCCUGCAAUGCCUUUCUCAUAGUUGAAGACCCAGGAGUUCACUUUCAUGCUGGGCUUUCUGACUGCAAAGUCGUUGUUGGAGAAGCAGCAGAGCUGGAGUGUAAAGUGAGCAGGGAAGACUGUGUGGGAAUCUGGUACAAAGAUGGAAAUGAGCUUUCAUCAUCUGAGGGCAUAACCAUCACCAAAGACGGAACUUUCCACAGGUUGAAAAUUCACAAAGUCACAGAGGAAUUUGCUGGAAAAUAUAAAUUUGAAGCAGAUGGAAGGAAGACAGAGUCCGUGAUUGCUGUUGAAGAUCCACCCAGAUUUUCGGCUGCGGAUCUGGAAGCAUUUAAAACACCUGUAACAGUGAAAAAAGGACACAAAGCUACCUUCAAACUACCUUACAUUGGACGGGAUCCUAUAAAAAUCCAGUGGUACCUUGAGGGUGAAGAGCUUUCAGACGAAGGAAAUAUUAAGUUAGAACACUCUGAAGGUUGCACCCGUCUCCUUCUAAACAAGCUGCAGCGCAAGGACAGUGGGGAAGUCAAGAUAAAACUCAAAAAUGAGUUUGGCACUGUUGAGGCCUGCAGCCAGCUUAAUGUACUGGAUAAACCCACUCCCCCAAUGGGACCUGUGGAGGUUGUUGAAGCCAACUCCUCUGUAAUUGAUAUCAAGUGGAGGGCCCCAAAAGACAGCGGUGGCUGCAAGAUCGACAACUAUAUUCUUGAACGACAACAAGUUGGACGCAACACCUGGAAGAAGGUGGGGCCAAUUGGUCCAGAAGCCACAUACAGGGACUCUGAUGUAGACCUAGGCAAGAGGUACUGCUAUCGUAUCAGAGUUGAGACUGAAAUGGGCACCAGUGAGCAGAUGGAAACAGACGACAUUCAAGCUGGAACAAAAGCAUACCCUGGACCUCCAUCAGCACCAAAGGUUGUAACUGCCUUUAAGGACUGUAUCACCCUCUCUUGGUCACCUCCAUCCGACACUGGAGGAACCAAUAUUUUGGGAUACAAUUGUGAGAAGCGCAAGAAGGGCAGCAACCUGUGGGGCCAAGUCAACCCACAUGAUGACAUGAUCAAAGGUAAGCAAUAUGCGGUCAAAGAUGUGGUCGAGGGCAUGGAGUAUGAAUUCCGCGUGACAGCCAUAAACAACUCUGGAGCGGGUGAAUUUAGCACACCAUCUGAGUUUGUGUUUGCCAGAGAUCCUAAAAAGCCUCCUGGUAAAGUCAUAGACUUUAAAGUGACAGAUUCCACCUACACAACCCUGUCCCUGGGUUGGACCAAUCCCAAGGACAUUGAGGGGGUUGAGGAUGAAGCCAAGGGAUAUUUUGUGGAGGUCAGGCCUGCAGAAAACACAGAAUGGGAUCGCUGCAAUUCAAAUCCCACAGCCCUAAACUUCUAUACAGUGAGAGGCUUGAAAUCAAUGGCAAUGUACUGGGUGAGAGUCAUUGCUACUAAUGAUGGAGGAGAGGGACAACCACAGGAACUGGAUAAUUACAUCCUUGCUAUGCCCCCUCCUGUGAGACCACGAUUCACAGAUGCCAAAAUCAAGAGUUUCAUGGUGGUGAGAGCAGGAAAUUCUGCAAGAUUCAACAUCAACUUUGAGGCUUCUCCUUGGCCUGAGGUCACCUGGCUGAAAGAUGGCGUGCCAGUGUCUAAAAAGGUAACCAUCAGCAAUGCAGAAGGAAACUCCCAGCUUCUGAUUACUUCUGCUGAGCGCUCAGAUACUGGAAUCUAUACUAUCGUUGUGAAGAACAUCGUCGGCCAAGAAUCAUUCAGCAUUGAAAUUAGAGUCACAGAUGAGCCAAAGCCACCAGGCCCUGUAGAGAUUGACGAAAACGUGCCCGGCACAGUGACCAUUUCAUGGAGCGCAUCUCCAGAUGAGAAACGUGACGACAGGCUGCACUACAUGGUGAUGAAGCGUGACUCAAGCAAAAGAACAUGGCACACUGUUGCAGAUCACAUCUUCAACAAUAGAUUCACAGCCUGCAACAUAAUGCCGGGCCGAGAAUAUAAUUUCAGAGUCUAUGCAAAGAAUGACAUGGGCUCCUCCAAACCAUCUGAAUCACCAAAGUGGCUGAUUACUGCCAAAAAAGAAAAGUUCACUGUGAAAAUACCAGCACCAAAAGUAUGUGAUCUUCAGUGUCCUCCCAGGUUCCUUGUUCCACUGAAACUGCACACUGCCCCACAAGGGUAUGAAUGCUACAUGAGCUGUGCUAUAAAAGGGGAUCCAACACCUCAUGUGACAUGGCUCCGCAACAAUAUCAGUCUGAAUACCAACACUAACUACUUCAUCUCCAACACCUGUGGAGUCUGCUCUCUGCUCAUAUUAAGGGUUGGACCCAAAGACUGCGGGGAGUACAAGAUUGUAGCAGAAAACUCUAUGGGGAGGGCAGAGUGCUCCACGAAACUGACAGUCAGAGAAUAAAAGAACACAAUGAAGAUGGUAGAAAUGGCUGAUAAUGCUUAAUAUUGCCUAUGAUAUUCUUCUUAUAGGAUAACUAUUUAAAAAAAAUCCUAUACAGGCUGGCAUUUGUUUAAAGUUAAACUAGCGAUUAAGUUAUGCAGAUUUUGCUGAAUUAAAAGCCACAAAUGUGUUUUGCUUGUUUGGAUUUCAACUGUGCAAUCUCAAUAAAGAAGCUUAAAUACUAGUGUGCAAUCUGGCAUAUUUUAACAUUAAAAUGUGCAUGUUAAACAGCAAAAGAAUUUAUAGUAUAGGACAAUAUGAAGUAGUGAUGAAUUGAUCUUAAAGGUGCUAUUUUGAGGUGUCUGUCAGCAUGUGGAACUUUCUGGUUGUGUCUGUCAGUUGUUUUUUUAGAUAUACUGUGAUUGUUUGUUGGAAAUUGUUUUGUUUUUUCCCGUACUUGUGGAUUAACAUCUUCCUUUAAAGUAAAAUUGAGUUGACAUCGACUACUUACAUGACAAAUGUACUUGAUUCUGUUAUCGUCUCUUAUGAAUAUGAAAAAAUGUUUGGGUUUAGUGUAAAUAAAUAUUUCAUACUGCUAAUGUGAAGUGGAAUUUUAAUUUGACCUGUAUGCAACUCUAAAACAGUGAGCAGAAAAUGCAUUUAUAUAUAUAUAAAUGUUCCCAAAAACCUUCAUAUCUUUAAUAACUUACAAAAAAUGUUAAUACAUGUAAAAUGAGAGACCUGGGCACACAUUGUUUCCAUGGGUCAAGUAUUGGCAUAGCAAGCAGGUAUCAAAAUUCGUACCACUUGUUCAACUCCAUGAAGGUUUAUGUGAAUAAUUUAUGUCUAGUCUUCUUGUAUUACCUCUCAAAGCAUAUUUUUGUAAGGUCAGACAUAAGUCCAAGUUUAGAGUCACUGAAGAAGAGAGGGUCAACAGUUGCCCCCAGGGGUAAAACAUGUCUGACCAGUGCAGAAUUACACAUCUCAGUUUCAAAGUGAAGUGUUUAUUACAAUGUUAAAAUAUGUGCUACUAUCUAACUUA